AUGGCACCUUCGAAGUCGGGCAGUGAUGAUGGUGAGAAGCAGAAUGGAUCCAUCUUCUCCAUCUCUGGGCCGGUCAUUGUCGCCGAGAACAUGAUCGGGUGCGCUAUGUACGAGCUGUGCAAAGUAGGUUAUGACGAAUUGGUGGGGGAGGUCAUUCGAAUCGAAGCAGACAAAGCUACUAUUCAGGUCUACGAAGAGACUGCUGGCGUAACUGUCGGUGAUCCUGUGCUACGAACAGGCAAACCACUCUCCGUUGAGCUUGGACCUGGUCUUAUGGAGACUAUUUACGACGGUAUCCAGCGUCCCCUCAAGGCUAUUUCCUCUGUCUCCAGCAGCAUUUACAUUCCUCGAGGCAUUGCUGUUCCCUCGCUCAAUAGAGAAAAGAAGUGGGCGUUCACACCUACCAUGAAAGUUGGGGAUCACAUCACCGGUGGCGAUGUAUGGGGCACCGUGGUGGAAAACUCAUUGCUACACGACCACAAAAUUCUCAUGCCGCCACGAGCCCGAGGGACGAUCAAGAAGAUCGCGGACAAAGGGAAUUACAAUGUGGAAGAGAAGCUUCUUACAGUCGAAUUCGAUGGCAAGGAAACCGAGUAUCCCAUGAUGCAUACAUGGCCUGUCCGAGUGCCGCGACCGGUGAAUGAAAGAUUGGCAGCACACUCGCCCUUCAUUGUCGGCCAAAGAGUGCUAGAUGCCUUGUUUCCUGGUGUGCAGGGCGGCACCAUCUGUAUUCCGGGUGCCUUCGGAUGCGGAAAAACUGUCAUCUCACAAUCGGUCUCCAAAUUUUCCAACAGCGACAUUAUUGUAUAUGUCGGAUGUGGUGAGCGUGGCAACGAAAUGGCUGAGGUGUUGAUGGACUUUCCGGAACUGUCGAUUACCAUUGAAGGUCGAAAGGAGCCGAUCAUGAAGCGGACAUGCCUCAUUGCUAACACUUCGAAUAUGCCUGUCGCAGCUCGUGAAGCGUCCAUCUAUACUGGUAUCACUGUUGCAGAAUAUUUCCGUGACCAAGGCAAAGCUGUCGCCAUGAUGGCGGAUUCAUCUUCGCGCUGGGCCGAAGCACUGCGAGAAAUUUCCGGUCGUCUGGGAGAAAUGCCGGCUGAUCAAGGCUUCCCUGCAUAUCUUGGUGCUAAGCUGGCAUCGUUCUACGAACGUGCUGGUGCGGUGACGGCACUAGGUUCUCCGAAUAGGAGCGGGAGCGUCUCUAUCGUUGGCGCUGUCUCUCCUCCAGGCGGUGACUUUUCUGACCCUGUCACGAGCUCCACUCUUGGUAUCGUGCAGGUCUUCUGGGGCUUGGACAAGAAAUUGGCUCAACGCAAACAUUUCCCUAGUAUCAACACAUCGAUGUCUUACAGCAAGUAUACCACCGUCCUGGACAAGUUCUAUGAGAAGGAUCAUCCAGAAUUCCCCCGUCUCCGUGACCGGAUCAAAGAGCUGUUAUCAAACUCAGAGGACCUAGACCAGGUCGUGCAGCUAGUCGGGAAAUCUGCGCUCGGUGACCCUGACAAGAUUGUGCUCGAUGUUGCGUCAAUGCUGAAGGAUGAUUUCCUGCAACAAAACGGUUACAGUGACUAUGACCAGUUCUGUCCUUUGUGGAAAACGGAGUAUAUGAUGAAAGCAUUCAUGGGCUUCCACGAUGAAUCACAAAAGGCUGUUAGUGGUGGUUUAAGUUGGGCCAAGGUGAGGGAAUCAACAGGUGAUAUUCAGCAUCGCCUGCGAAGUAUGAAAUUUGAGCUUCCAGAAGAUGAGGAUGCGGUCUCGAAGAAGGCAAGCUACUCCAAGCACCACCUCCGAUGUUGCACACUGACAAGUGAACAGUACGAAAAGUUGCUUCAGGAUAUGAGUGAGAAAUUCGCAAGCGUGACGGACGAGUAG